UUCAUGUACUUGAAGGCACCUUUUUUUUAUCUGUCACGAAGUUCUUAUUUUAUCUUGACUGACAACCCUAACUUUACUUUAAAAGAGAGAAAAAACGUUGUCAAAAAUGCAGCUCUACAUAUAUCUAUUGUUCUUGGCCAUUCUUGGAUUAACAGAAGCAUCAUUUCUGUGUUACCAGUGUUCCUAUGAAAAGCUGUACAAUGUAAACGAGGUCUGGAAUAAGAAAGCAUGUAUGAAUAAUCCGGCUUCCAUUGGCGAUAGCGGUCAUGUGUCCUGCAACUCCUCAAGCUACUGUACAUUUCAAGAAAUGUAUGAUACAGGAAGAAAGGUUGUUACGAGCUACUUCCGGUCAUGUUCGGCUGUGUCACAGGGGAACAAGUGCAUUGAGGAUUGGUCGCACGUGACAUGUUCGGGAACAUGCAGAGGAGACUUUUGUAACAGAAAUGAAACAGGAACGCACUACCUAAUACAUUUUGGAUAGAACAGAUGUGAAAUCAGCCUAUAUGCUUAUUAAAAAUCUGACAUUAAACAACUUGAAAAAUA